AUGGAAGAAAUUCCGCCUUCCAAUUCAGCUCGAACGGAAAGCCCUUCCUCAUCAAACGCAGAAUUAAGGCUCACUACGAAUCAUGAUGAUGGAGUGGAGGUUUUUAUACCUUUAAGAGAACGGAAAAGACUCUUGAAUAAGGCUAUCAAUGAUUCGGAUCAUUCUUCUCGAGCUCGUGGUACCACGGAUCGAGUGCUACCGACAGCCCGUUUUCUACCAUUAGGGCAGUUAUUGGCGCAAGAAAGGAAUACAACCACAGCCGAACAAUUUGAAAUCCCUUAUUAUUCCCUUAGAGAGGAUGAAGAUCGCAAAAAGCAUGAGAUAAAUAACAAUGAAUCUGACAUGAUCGAAUUGAAGACCAUGACUGGAGCCACAACAUCGUUGCCAGUGUUGAAGAACUACUUUUUUCCAGAUCAGGCUCAAAACGUAAUCACCAGCUCUUCACCAACACAAGAGGGCCAAGAGCCUCGUGCAAAGAGAGAAAAGAGGCUCACUCUUCUUCAAUUGACAACGUCAACGAAUUCGAGUGAAAAAUACUGCGUAGUUUCACAAUGCUACUUUCCAAUAGAGAUGUUUUCUCAGAACCACUAUGUAAAUUAUGAAAAUUUAGAAAUGUUCAAAUUUGUGCUGUCAGACGUGGAGGAUAUUGAGGAAUAUUUAGCUGAAUUUUACAAAAACAAUGGAGUUAAUGUAAAUGAAGGAGGAGUUGCUACAAAUCUAUAUGUUUGUGAUCAUGUCUAUACUUGUAUAUUUAAUAGACAUGAGCACGCUAUGGCCAAGUAUAGGAAGUUAAUCAAAUAUUUUGGUUUGCUAGACAUUUCUACUCUGAACAAACGCAUGAAAUCCUAUCAACUCUCUUGUAGAGACUUUAUGACUAAUUGUUUGUGGAUACUUUUCAUGUCUAUUGCGUAUUUAUUGUUUAUUGCGCUGUUGUGUAUUUCAAUUUGGUUGGUGGAAGGAAAUUAUGAACUAGAACUACUUAGAAACUCGACGACAAUCUCUGGUACAAACAUUACAACUUCCUAUGCAGGUCUUAAUGAAGUAACUUUUUUAAAGUACCAUCAGCCCCUUAUUGUGACCAAUGAAAACACAAAUUCAACCCUUGGGCCCACAGAGUAUACCUUAACCAACCUUCCAAAAUGGAAUUAUUUGUCGUCGUUUUACUUUACAUCCACGACAAUGCUCACAAUCGGGUACGGUGAUUACAGGUAA